AUGGCCUUUCCUCCCGGCCUACUAAUCGCGGCCCGCUUCGGCAAGGUCGACGACCUCGAGCUGCUGCUUGACGAGAGUGGAGCCGCCGUCGACGUCCGCGACGCCAACGGCUCCACCCUGCUCAUGGUCUGCGCCUUUGAGCUGCAGACCGCUCACGUGGAGGCGCUGCUGGCUCGCGGCGCCGACCCCAACGCGACGGACAGCGAGGGAGGUUUCGCCCUACUCAACGCGUCGCUCAACGCCUGCGGCAUGAACCCGGCCAGGGCCGCCAACGAUGGCACCCGGCAGCGGGCGAGGGAGGUUGGGAUGCUGCUGCUGGCCGCCGGCGCCAAGGCGGACGCAGCCCUCCCGCCAGACGUGCCCGCGUACAUGAUGCGGCCGGCACAGCAGUGGGCCGACGCGGCCCACGGCAAGGCGGCUCGCACCACCCCACUCGACGAGGCGUGGGCAGAGUGCAGCGAGGCCUUUGGCGCCACCGCCGUCUUUGCAGAGGCCGUGCUGCGCUGGCUCCAGGAGCGCAGCCUGGCGACCGCGCUGGCGGCGCACGCUGACGAGCGCGGAGUCACGCUGCUCCACCUCGCUGCGUCGCUCGGGUCGUGGCAGGCGUCGGCAGCUCUGCUCUCGCACGGCGCGGACGCGGCGGCAGCGAACGGCGCGGGCGCCACGCCGCUCGAGGACGCGCUCGAGUUUGGGCACGAGGAGCUCGCCCAGCUGCUGCUCGCCGCGCCUCGCGCCGACGCGGGCCUCUCUCCCGUCGAGCACGCCUUUGACUUGCGCUGCGCCGCCUCGACGAGCUGA